AUGAAGGGUCGGCCCAUUGAUACUCUAGGCCAACCCAUCUCCCUCUCUGUCUCUCUUCCCUCUCUGGCGCUACGCCGCCGCUCUUCCCCCCUCGCCGUCCCCCGCCGCCGGUCCCCCGGCAAGCCCCUCCGCCUCUCCACUGCCGCCACCCGCGCCGCCAUCUCCGUGGGCGACAGGCUCCCCGACGCCACCCUCUCCAACUUCGACCCCGCCAGCAAGCUCCAGACCACCACCGUCUCCGCCCUCACCGCCGGGAAGAAGUCGAUCCUCUUCGCCGUCCCGGGGCCUUCACCCCGACCACGCUCGCGAAGCACUGCGGGGGCUCGUGGAGAAUGCCGGGAGCCGAAGGCCAAGGGCGUGGGCAACAUCGCCUGCAUCUCCGUGAACGACGCCUUCAUGAUGCGGGCGUGGAAGGAGAACCUGGGCAUCGGCGACGACGUCAUGCUGCUGUCGGACGGGAACGGGGACUUCACGAGGGCGAUCGGGUGCGAGCUCGACCUGAGCGACCAGCCGGUGGGGCUCGGGGUGCGGUUGCGGCGGUACGCGCUGCUCGCGAAGGACGGCAUCGUGAAGGUGCUCAACCUAGAGGAAGGCGGGGCCUUCACCUUCAGUGGUGCCGAGGAUAUGCUCAAAGUCCUGUAGAUGCUUUCAAGUUUCCAUUUUUUUCUUUUCUUUUUGGGGCUUUGAACUUGGCUGUCGUUGACUGGUGUUGAGGGGUGAGGUUCUUGUUGGGUUUUGAGCUUGAUGAAGUUUUCGUUCCUGACUUGUGCCUAACAAAUUGAGAGGGAGUUGGAACUACGGUUUGAUGCAGACACAAUGAACAGGGAUUUUGCUUCUGGGAUUCCAAGA